CACGUUCGUCAUUACGCCUUCUCCUUACCCAAAUUUACAGUAACCAAGAAUGCACCGUCUCAAACUCCCCCUGCAGUUCUCCAAAUCCAUUUCCUGCAGUUACAGAGCCCUCCACGACAAAACCCAAUUAGACAGCGCUGUGUCGCUGGCCUCCGUCCUCAAGUCGAGGGCGGUGGUCCGGUUCCGGGGUCCGGACACGGUCAAAUUCCUUCAGGGUCUGCUGACCAACGACGUACGGAAGUUCGGAGAACCCAUGGAUGAGAAGACCUCCACUUUGGCCCCCCCCAAAUUGUCCUGCGUGUCCGAACGGCCCAUGUACGCCGCGCUGCUGACGCCCCAAGGGAGGUUCUUGUACGAUUUCUUCUUGUACACUCCGCCCAGGCCCGAUACCAAGCUCGAUAGGACCGGGUCGGCGCCCGGCCCAGACCCAGAUGAGGGGGUGGAGGUGUUCGCCGACGUGGAUGUUUCGGUCUUGGAUGAGCUAUUGAGUAGCUUGAAGAAAUACCGUUUGAGGGCUAAGGUUGAUAUCGAGAAUAUGGCACAAGAGUUACAAUGCUGGCAGCGUUAUGCCGGAAAAGUCUCUGAAAGAUCCUCCUCUGUGGAAGAACCAGAGGCUGCUGGUGUUGAUCAUUCAGGCAUGUCAUCUGCACGCGGGAAUGCUCUUGGAUGGCAAUGGUUUAAGGAUCCCAGAUUGGAUUGCCUUGGUUUCAGAGGGAUCUUCCCGUCAGAUACAAUACCACCUUUGGUUGAAGCUGGCAAAGAAACAGAUGAACAGAAUUACCGUCUAUGGAGAAUAGAAAAUGGAGUUGCCGAAGGCUCAGCAGAGAUCCCAAAAGGUGAGGCAAUUCCUCUUGAGUAUAACCUGGUGGGUCUAAAUGCAAUUAGCUUCGACAAGGGAUGUUAUGUGGGCCAAGAGCUUAUAGCUCGUACACACCAUCGAGGGGUCAUUCGCAAACGCUUGCUUCCGUUAAGAUUUCUUGAGGAGAGCGGGGAAGAAGCAAAGCAGAACGUUGCUCCUGGCUCCGAAGUGAUUGUCAGUGCCACGGGAAAGAAAGUCGGUACUGUCACAACUCAACUCGGGUGUCGUGGGCUGGGUAUCUUGCGUUUGGACGAAGCCUUCAAGAGAUCAGGUUCAUUGACCAUACAAGGACAGAAAGAUACAAAGGUUGAAGCUAUUAAACCAGAUUGGUGGCCUGCUGAAUGGCUUCAAGAGCAUCAACAUCAAAGUGCAGUUGCUUAGAAUGAUGGUGUUGCCCUUUACAGACUUGUCUGAUCCUGCAUUUGGUCGCCGUGGCGGCAGUAAAGGUACUCGUAUACAUUUAUUUUUUUAUUGUUGAAAUAAAAUAAAAGAAUGUGUUUCGUAGAACACGGUGAUGUAUGUUUUAGUUUACUCAUUGAAAUGACGAGCCGUUUUGGGGCUGAUAUGCCAGUACUUCUUUUGAUUCCAACUUAGGGUAUGUAUGAGAUUCCAAGAAUUGAAUACAGCACAAAACUCAUACACAAUUGCUGCUGCA